UAGUUGAACGAUUAAUGCUGCAUCCAAUCAAAUUAAGUCUACUUUCAUUUUAAUACAACAUGGAUGAAAUAAGCAAAUUGACGUACGAUGGCAAUUUUGAACUGCUCAAAAUUAAGUUAAGAGAGGAUAACAGUCUUGCAACAAAACCUGAUGAUACACAACGCAUGCCACUGCACUGGGCAGCUUCUGGUGGCCACACUGAAAUUGUGGAAUACCUUCUGUCACUAAAUGUACCAGUAGAUGCAAGGGAUGAGUCAAACUGGACACCUUUGAUGAUAGCAGCUUCAGCAGGUAGAACACAGAUUGUUGUUAACCUCCUCGCACAUGACGCUCAAGUUAACGCUGUCAACAGAACUGGUCAAUGUUCGUUACACUAUGCUGCAUCCAAAGACAGAUAUGAGAUAUCAGAGAAGUUACUGGAGAAUGGAGCAGAUCCAAAUAUUGGAGAUUGCUAUGAGAAUACACCACUACAUCGUGCAGCAUCUAAAGGUCAUGUAAAGCUGGUGAAAUUAUUACUGCAGUAUCAGGUGGAUGUUAAUUACAAGGAUUCUGUUGGUAACACUCCAUUACAUUUAGCAUGUGAAGAGGAGAGGUCAGAGGUAGCAAGAUUGCUCAUAGAACAUGGAGCUUAUGUAACCAUCAUGAAUAAGGAGGAGAAAACACCACUAGAUCUAGCACCACCAAACUUGAGACGGACACUACAGAAACACAGUGAACAAGUACAGAUCAUACCUACAGACAGAUGAAUUCCUGAAUAUUCUGUUUCUGCUCUCUUAACAUAACACAAGACUCUGUUAUAAAAAACAACAUUUUCUUGAGGAGGAAGUUAUCAGUUUAGGAAUUCAACAAAAUAAUGAUUUAGGUCAGAAAUUUGAUGGACACAUUCCUAUCAAAACAGUUGAAUGGAAACUGAAAGCAUAAUAUUUGUGCAUUUAUAAUACACACAAUACUUUUUGACCAUAAAGCUGCUGGUGUAUGUUAUGUACUGAAAUACAAGUCAUUUUUGACAACAUCAUGAUCAAUCUGAGAUGGUCCGGAAUAGCAUAUUACCACAUUUAUACUGGAUAGCCACCAAUAAACCCACAUAAUCUUCAACUUGCACAUUAAAAUCUUCAUUGAAGGAUUAAAUUUCUACUUGAAGAUCUUGUGUUAAUUGCAUAGUGUUUCAUUUUGUUAUUUUUGUCAUUUAAAAUCAUCUUUUUCAUUAAUAAAGUGUUCUUCAUGUUUCA